AUGAAAUUAUAUUCAAUACUACUAAUUAAUAAAAGACAAUCAAAAAUAUUAGAAGAAGCUUAUAAUCUUUCAGAAUACAACUUUAUAAUACAAUUUCAAGUAAAAAGACUAAUCAGAGCAGCAAUUUUAGAUAUCAUGGAUAACAUGGAUGAAAAAGAUUCUGGUGUAGAAUCAGUUGAUGAGAAAAUAUAUGAUUUCAAAGUAAACAUCACACUAAAAUUUAUAGAUAAUCUACUGGGAGUUAUAAUAAGUGAUAUAGAUUAUAGUAAUACAUGUAAGAUACAACUCUUCAAAGAACUUUUUAGUAGAAAUAGUCAUAUAAAAAAGAUAAUGAAUGAGUAUAAAGAAGAUAAGAGUGAAAAACUGACAGAUGAAAUCAAUAAAGAAUUAGAUAUAGCGGAGUAUAAUGCAAAAGACGGUAUAAGAAAGAUUUUGAAGAGGGGACGUACUCUUGAACAAAUUACAAUGGAUAGUGAGAGAUUAUCACUAGCAAGUAAAAAACUUUUCAUGGAAGCUAAAAAGAAAAAUGCUUGGUGUUGUUUUAGAUGA